GGUGGGGCCGGUACCGGGGCCGGGCCGGGCCGGGACCGAUCGCGGCGCGAUGCAGAAAUACGAGAAGCUGGAGAAGAUCGGCGAAGGCACCUAUGGGACCGUGUUCAAGGCCAAGAACCGGGAGACGCACGAAAUCGUGGCGCUGAAGCGGGUGCGGCUGGACGACGAUGAUGAGGGGGUGCCCAGCUCGGCGCUGCGGGAGAUCUGCCUGCUCAAGGAGCUCAAGCACAAGAACAUUGUCAGGCUCCAUGACGUUCUGCACAGCGACAAGAAGCUGACCCUGGUCUUUGAGUUUUGCGACCAGGACCUGAAGAAAUACUUUGACAGCUGUAACGGGGAUCUGGACCCCGAGAUCGUCAAGUCCUUCAUGUACCAGCUGCUGAAGGGGCUCGCCUUCUGCCACAGCCGCAACGUGCUGCACCGCGACCUGAAACCGCAGAACCUGCUCAUCAACCGGAACGGGGAGCUCAAGCUGGCAGAUUUCGGGCUGGCUCGGGCCUUCGGCAUCCCUGUGCGCUGCUACUCGGCCGAGGUGGUCACUCUGUGGUACCGGCCCCCGGACGUUCUCUUUGGGGCCAAGCUCUACUCCACCUCCAUCGACAUGUGGUCAGCUGGGUGCAUCUUUGCGGAGCUGGCCAACGCCGGGCGGCCCCUCUUCCCGGGCAACGACGUGGACGACCAGCUGAAGAGGAUCUUCAGGCUGCUGGGGACCCCCACGGAGGAGCAGUGGCCGGCCAUGGCCAAGCUGCCGGACUACAAGCCCUACCCCAUGUACCCAGCUACCACCUCCCUGGUCAACGUGGUGCCCAAGCUGAAUGCCACCGGCCGGGACCUGCUGCAGAACCUGCUCAAGUGCAAUCCGGUGCAGCGCAUCUCGGCGGAGGAGGCCCUGCAGCACCCCUACUUCACCGACUUCUGCCCCCCCUAGGGCCCCCCGAGGCCCCGGACCCCCUGAGGGGGUGCCAGCCCGUGCCAGCCCCCCGACUGCAGCCCCCCCAGUAUUUAUUAGGUUCUGCCCCGGCUGCAGGGGGCUGGCACCACCCCCGGGCCCCCCGUGCGGGGGGGAUGAGAGGGCUGGGGCUCCCCCGGGACACAGGACUCGCCGGGGGCUCCCCGAGGGCACGGGAGCCCCCCGAGAUGGGGCCACAGCGCUGGUGGAGGGGCAGGACCCUCCGGGACCAGGGGCAGGGACGCCAGGGGGAACGCGCCCCCUCUC